GGGCGGAAGCGGGCGGGAACUUCCGGCGGAAGCGGAAGCGGAUUUGGUGCGGCGACGGCGGCGGCGCGAGGAUGUUUUACCACAUCUCUCUGGAGCACGAGAUUCUCCUCCACCCGCGCUAUUUUGGGCCGAAUUUGCUCAACACCGUCAAACAGAAACUCUUCACCGAGGUGGAGGGGACCUGCACGGGGAAGUACGGAUUUGUCAUCGCUGUCACCACGAUCGAUAACAUCGGUGCCGGUGUCAUCCAGCCCGGCCGGGGCUUUGUCCUGUGUCACUCUGUGUCACUCUGUCCCUGUUUCUGUCACUCUGUGUCACUCUGUGUCCCAUAUGGCUUUGUCAUCGCUGUCACCACCAUUGAUAACAUCGGAGCCGGUGUCAUUCAGUACGGAUUUGUCAUCGCUGUCACCACCAUUGAUAACAUCGGUGCCGGGGUGAUCCAGCCCGGCCGGGGCUUUGUCCUAUAUGGAUUUGUCAUCGCUGUCACCACCAUCGAUAACAUCGGAGCGG